AACAAGAACCGUUCGCACUAUGCGCUGGGCCUGGAGCUGUGAGCAACAGCAGGCUAGCUACACCGGCAGGGCCGGCCGGCGACGGCCGGCCGAAUUGUUUUUUUGUCAUGCUCGUCGCCAUCCGAUCCAAAUGCCAGAACUAGACGUCAAAGCCGUGUCGAUUACUCUCUAAAUAAAAACUAGCAACUUGCGCCUGCGCCGUACCUGACAUUAUAUAAGGCACCUGCCAUUGUUGCGUUCGGAGUCUCCCAGUCUCUCUCUCCCCCCUCCCCCGCCUAGCUAGCUCUCCAGAAACCCUAGCUACAAACUUCACUGACGACCGCAUAUGCACCGGCCGGCCGGCAUUCGUCGGCUUAUUUGAUUGACACCGUAUUAUUUCUUCCGAUCCAUCCAUAUAGAUCAAGCAAUACAUAUAUACACUAGCGCUAGCUCCGAUCCAUCCGAUCGAGUCCGAUCCAUGGAAGGUGGGUUCAACAAGAGCGGCUCACCGGAGGCGGAAGGCUCGCGGCGGACGCCCGCGGGGGCCUACUACGAGUGCUCCUUCUGCAAGAGGGGGUUCACCAACGCGCAGGCGCUCGGCGGCCACAUGAACAUCCACCGCAAGGACCGCGGUGGCGGCAGUAGGUCCGGGACCGCGCCGCCGCAGCAGGACGACGCUGGCGGCUCUCGGACCUACGGCGCCGGGGACGUGCACCUGGGCCUCUCCCUCGGCAGGAAGGAGGACGUGGAUUUGGAGCUCAGGCUUGGCAGCUAUCCUUAUAAGUAGCUAAGCUAGCUAGCUAGCACACCUCGAUUUUCUCUAUAUACAUGCAGCACUUACUUACUAGCGAAGAAACCAUCAGCUGCUUUGUGUGCUCAACCUGCAGCUGAUUAAUAUAUAAAAUUUAUUAAUACUUACUAGGUAUAAUAUGGUGAAGCUAUGUCAUGCUUGCUACUAUCGAUAUUUGGUUAUUUGUUAGAGUACGAUAGUUUGGUUCCGCCUUCUUGUCCGAUUCGUUGCCAUUUGGGAUAAUGGAUGAUUGGGAGAGGAAAAGUGAUUGCUGUAGCAGGAUCAAACAAUUCUUGGAGGUCCUAGUCGUCCUAGUCUAGCUGAUGUACAUGAGUGUGUGGAAUGCAUGUGCAGCAUGCAUGCAUGCAGCACAGAAUUAAA